AGCCUGCUGGCUAAUGUUCUAAUCCAGACCUAAACGUCAUACUUUAGCAGGAUGCCUAUGGGCUAGAAGUGAGUCAUGGGACCCCAAGAACGGGAUUGUUUCAACGUAAUUUCGGCAGACUCUUCUCAGUUUGGCUCAAAACCCAAAGCAACACAGCUUGUCCGGAUAGGAGGUCUGUAAACCGAAAGAACAUGAAUCAGCGGGUAACUGGCCGCCCCGGCACUUCAUCGUCUCGAUUGCAUUGGGAAGAGGUGCCUUGGGCCGAGCAAGUCAUUCCGCCCCGAGCUCAAGAGCCUCAGAGACCGACCGAAGGGGUCGCUUUGGAUUCGUCUCCGUCUUCUAGUUCCUCGGGCCUCUCGCCUUCCCCACCCUCUUCGCCGGCCCGGUCCACUCUCUCGGAGUCCCCGGCCCGCCGAGACGGGUUACCCCGAGGGCCAAAGAAAAAGCGUCGAGGCGGGCGUGGGCGAGGCGCUCCGUCCGACCAGAGUCGAGAAUGGGAGGGCCAACCUUUGGGACUGGUUUGGUGCCUGCAAUCAUUCGAAACCACCCAAGAGCCGCACACGUCGGGACAACGAACUGUAUGGGAUGAGCAUUCGGUCAUGCAUGUGAAUGAAUCCAGUUUGACCGUGGAUGAACCCGAAACGAAUGCCAGUCCAGCAUUACCCGAGGCCGAGCCAGGUCCUUCGGGGCUAGCCCAUACGCCAUCCAAACGAAGUAAACGACGAGGUCGAGUCAAAAGCCGGAAAGGCAAAGCAGGUGGACGACAUCAAGCCAAAAAUGGUGGUCAUCCGUUGGACGGUGAAGAAUGCGCGUCCGAUGAACUCAGUAUUGAUAGUUCGCCCGAAACCUACCGGCGUUUGCGACGAGACCAAGCGGCAGCCGAAGCUUCGGCCCUUGCCAAUUCGAAGGCGGGUUCGCCGGGUUCGCCGGGUUCCCCCGCCAACCAUCCAACGGAUGAACCCGUGCGUGACGACGAUCGGUUGACGCGCUCACCGUGAUCAUUUCAAACUCACUGGCCACCAAUGAGAGAGACACAAUGUUAAAUAUGGGUGUGUUUGCGUCAUUUCAGCGUAAUUGAAAUACAGCCUGGUAAUUGCUA